AGAGAGAAGUGACAAGGAAGGGCUUUUAUGGUUGAGGACCCAUCAAUCCCUUCAUCCUCCUCAUCCCAAAUGUCCGAGGAUGACGACCGAUCUCCGUCCUUGGAUCUCAUCGACGGUCCAAUCCCCUCCACCAAGUCCCGCAACUGCUCCGGAGUUUCUGUGUCCGGCGGCGGCACCUCCGUCGAGUACACCGUCCCCUAUCCGGACCAAGUCCUUGAGAAUGUUCUCGAAAACGUCCUCUGCUUCCUCACCUCCCGCCGCGACCGCAGCGCCGCCUCAUUGGUCUGCAAGUCCUGGUACCGCGCGGAAGCCCUCACCCGAUCCGAGCUCUUCAUCGGCAACUGCUACGCCGUCUCUCCCCGCCGGGCCACGGCCCGGUUCACCCGGGUCCUGGCCGUGACCAUCAAGGGCAAGCCCCGGUUCGCCGAUUUCAACCUCAUGCCGGCCAAUUGGGGGGCCCACUUGGCGCCGUGGGUGUCCUCCAUGGCCAAGGCGUACCCGUGGCUCGAGAAGCUCUGCCUGAAGCGGAUGUCCGUGACGGAUGACGAUCUUGCCCUCUUGGCUGAGUCGUUUGCUGGGUUCAAGGAGCUCGUCCUGGUUUGCUGCGAUGGGUUCGGGACCAGUGGGCUCGCCGUCGUCGUUAGCAAGUGCAGACAGCUUAGAGUGCUUGAUCUGACCGAAACCGAAGUUAUGGACGAUGAUGUGGAUUGGAUAUGUUGUUUUCCAGAGAGUCAAACGUUUCUCGAAUCUCUGAUGUUCGAUUGUGUGGAAUGCCACAUAAAUUUCGAGGCAUUGGAGAAGCUAGUGGCUAGGUCACCUUCCCUGAAGAAACUGAGGUUGAACCGCCAUGUUUCAAUUGGGCAGCUAUACCGCCUGAUGGUCCGAGCUCCUCAACUGACGCACUUAGGAACGGGCUCGUUCAAUUUAUCUGAGGGCAUGGCUCAGGGUGAUCAAGAACUGGAUUAUGUCUCUGCUUUUGCUGCUUGCAAAUCCUUAGUUUGUCUCUCUGGGUUCCGGGAGAUCUUGCUGGAUUACAUUCCUGCAAUUUACCCUGUCUGUAGUAAUCUUACCUCUUUGAACUUGAGCUAUGCGAACAUCACUGCGGAACAACUUAAACCAGCCAUAUCCCAAUGCCACAAACUCCAGUCUUUUUGGGUACUCGAUUCAAUAUGUGAUGAAGGACUUAAGGCAGUGGCUACAACUUGCAAGGAACUGCGUGAGCUUCGGGUUUUUCCUGUUAAUGCUCAGGAGGAUGCGGAGGGCCCUGUUUCUGAGGUGGGCUUCGAAGCAAUUUCUGAGGGUUGUAGAAAACUGCGGUCUAUUUUAUACUUCUGUCAGCGAAUGACAAAUGCAGCUGUAAUAGCAAUGUCAAAGAAUUGCUCAGAGCUUGUGGUGUUUCGUCUUUGUAUAAUGGGGCGCCGCCGGCCUGACCAUGUUACUGGUGAACCUAUGGAUGAAGGUUUCGGAGCAAUAGUUAUGAACUGUAAGAAGCUCACCCGCCUUGCUGUGUCGGGCUUAUUGACUGAUCGAGCAUUCAGCUACAUUGGAAAAUAUGGAAAGUUGGUUCGAACCCUUUCAGUUGCCUUUGCCGGUGAUAGUGACUUAGGGCUUAAAUACGUGCUUGAGGGCUGCCAUAAAUUGCAAAAGCUUGAAAUAAGGGACAGCCCAUUUGGGGAUACAGCAUUGUGUUCUGGUUUGCACCACUAUUACAAUAUGAGAUUCCUUUGGAUGUCUUCGUGUUCACUAACACGCCAAGGUUGUUGGGCGAUUGCUCGAGAACUGCCUCGCCUCGUGGUGGAAGUGAUGAAGAGUAAUGAAGGGGAGGAAGAGGGUGAUAAUUUUGAUACGCUAUACAUGUACCGAUCCCUUGAGGGUCCCAGGGAUGAUAUUCCGCAAUUUGUUGAAAUCCUGAGACCUGGCAUUUAGCUUGAAGAUGUUUCAUCUCUUACUGUGGUGGCAUCUGAGCACGUUAAACACUUGUUUGUUGGGGGAAAAACGUUCUGCGGGUGACUUUUAUAUAACCCGUGAGAUGGUUCCUGCAGUGGCUUUUGAUUCUUUGAACGAAGGUGAG